AUGGAAGCAUAAUACUAAUCUGAAUACGAAGAAGUCCAGUGCAUUGGAAGAGGAAAUUUUGCUAAAAAUGAACAAGAGUCUGCUUUGCUCGAAGUGAAUUUGUUAAAGGCUUUAAAUCACCCUAAUAUUGUUGCAUAUAAAACAAGCUUCAUUACUCAAGGUUUGCUGAUCAUUAUCAUGGAAUAUUGUGAAGUUGGUGAUUUAUCUUUCCAUAUCAAAAGAAAACUUUAGAAGAACGAGCAUUUUACAGAGACUGAAAUCUUCAAUUGGUUCGUCUAAUUAUGCCUUUCACUUGAGUAUAUUCAUGGAAGGAAAGUUUUACAUAGAGAUUUAAAGUCAUAAAACAUCUUUUUGACUGGUAAUAAUACAGUAAAGUUAGGAGAUUUCGGUAUUUCUAAAGUCUUAGAGAAUACCAAUGGUGCUGCGAUGACGGUAGUAGGAACACCUUAUUAUAUGAGUCCAGAAGUUUGCUAGAAUCAUCCUUAUACAUUUAAGAGUGAUGUAUGGGCAUUAGGAUGUGUCUUGUAUGAACUAUGUACCCUGAAGCAUGCAUUCUCAGCUGAUAAUUUAUUGGGUCUGGUUUACAAAAUUGUCCAAGAUAAAUAUGAUCCGAUUCCUUCACACUACAGCAAUGACCUCCAAAAUCUUAUUCAAUAGUUAUUGAAUAAAAAUGCUGCUGAAAGACCAUCUGUUGCUUAAAUUCUACAAAUGCCAUUAGUAAGAUAAAAAAUGAUUGAAUUUGUAAACUCUGGUGGUGUUACAAUUUCGGAGAGUAAACCAGUAUAUGUGAGAAAUGCACCAUUGAUUGUUUAAGUUUAGCAAAAUCCAACUGGAAUUGAUCCAUAUGCUGGCUUAACCCCUAAAGAAAGAAUUUAAAGAAGAAAAGAAGAGGAGGUCAAGAGAAAAUAAGAAGAAUUAGCAGCCCACUCAAAGAAUGCAAUGAAUAACUACUAAUUUUCAAAGCAAAUGCAAUACAAUUAACUUCACUCAAGCAUUAAAGGAGCUAAUAAUAGCUUCUAAUAGACAGUUAUUCAUAAUAAGCCAGUUGCUUAAUUUGAUCAAACAGCCUUUCACCAGCCAGCUGUUUAGAAACAAUAGUCACCAUAGAUGUUUGAAGCUAGUGAUAGAUUUGAAGACACUGAUUUUUCUGCUAAUGAUAGAACUACUGAAUUUUCUUAGAGUAUAAGUUCAUAGAUGUCAGGCAUGAAUUUGAAUGAAAGCCCUUCAAAAUUUAACAACCCCUCUGUCUACAGUAAUAUGUACGAAGACAGAUAAAUAUCUGGUUCGGGCCAGUAUGAUCUGACUAUGGCUAGAAAUGAAUUCGAUAUAGAAGAAGACUUUGAAGAAGAUGUUGAGGCAAAGGAAGAUAAACAGGAGUUGAGGGAAGUUAUGAAGAAUUACCAGAGAAUUCUGAGUGGCGAAAUAGAAGAACCUGAAGAAAUAUAAUUAUAGACAAGACCUAGUGAAGUUUAAAACAAAGAGAUUGUUGUUGUGAACAAAAAAUAAACAAUUCAAAAUGCUAUGGGAAAUGAUCUUUUCCAAAAGGUUUAUGAAUUCUUGAAAUUCAAUCGCAGAAAGUAGACAGAUGAGGCCUUGAUAUUCUCUAAAAUUAAGGAUAUGGUCGGAGGAAACAAAGUUAUGAUGUCUAAAUGCUUCGAGUUAGAUGGUAUUGUAUUCAUGGAAAUCCAAAAAGAGUAAUGA